CGAUCGCAUUCAACUCAGAACAGGACUUGAGCGCCACGCCAUUGUGAUUGGUCGCAAAAAUAUGGACAGCUUAUUUUGGUGGAACCCUUUUCCCCAGGGUCCUUUUUCUUUGACAAUCCCUUUUUACUUUCUUCCAUAAUGGAACUACACGCUUAUUCCAAAAACGACUAUGAAUUCGUCAAGAAGCUUUAUAUAGGUGCAUUGCAAGAAAGCACAAGACGAGCAGUCAAGGACGUACUAUUGCAGCCCCGAACUAUUCGUAUACUUUGUAUGGUGAUACCUAUCUCCUGUUACCUGAUAUAUCAAGGAUUCACUACGAUGUUGCGUUGGGAACCUGUCCAAGCUUACUUGUAUUCAAUGAUGGCUGUUUUAGUGAUAUCUACUAUGAUACUGGGAAGUACCUAUCAGAUGUUUUCUUCGGGGAUCAAGAAAUCGGUUCUGGCCACGUUUGAGAAAGACAUGUCCGACAUACCAGCAACGUUUGAUUUGGUUAUGAACAACGACGAAUGCUUCGAGCCAACUGGCGUUUCCAAUGUAUGGAUUGCAACAAUCAAUGGCGAGAAGGCUGGAUUUCUCACAAUGCAUAACGGAGGCAGUAAAUCUUGUGAAAUCCGGAAAAUGGCUGUUGUCGGCAAGCACAGACGACGGGGACUGGGUGAGUUGAUGACUCGGCAAGCCAUCGUUUGGGCCAAGGACCACCGGAUGGAAACGAUUUUUGCAUUGAACGUCUCAAGUGCGCAAGUAGCAGCUUGUGAACUCUUUGAGAAAUGCGGAUUCACAAUUAGCAAACAAAAGCCUGUUAUACCAGGAUUUGGAUACCUUGCUUACGAGCUUUCCACAAUAAAUCGAUGAAAGAUCAUCUUUGUUUGAGACCCCGAACGCUCCCCUUACUUACUGUUCUUAUACCACUAUGGAGAGCAAGGAAUCGCCUGCUAUAGAUUUGACUCGUUCUCAAUACGACCUGUCAACAUACUUUGGACGAAUCCGACAUUUUGUGGAGAUCACUGAUCCCCGGUAAGUUAUGGAGAUUGCCGCCUAGCUUAGGAUGUCCAAUUCUAAAUUUGUCGCGCAGAACUUUACUUGUCUCUCCAGCAGGUGUAAAGAAAGCGCAGGCACUG